AUGGCAAGCAGCUGUGCCCCUUGCUUUGCGCCGAUCACGGGAGUUCCUGAGGCCAGACCAACUGUUUCGAAGAUGUCGUUGCACAGCACAGUAGAAGUUCACUUGGAAGCGCCACUUCCAACUUUGCUGGGCCGGCCGGCCGCGGCUGCAAAGCUCCAACGUACUGCCAAGCCACAUUUGCCAGCGCAAAUCAUUGAUCCCGAGAAAGCCACUUUGGCCAUUGCGGAGGCAUGGAAGCUUUCAGGCAAGUACAACAUGAAGUUCGAUGCCGCUUUGGUCUUAGUGGUUGGGCAGCAGUCCUCUGGCAAGACUUCGUUUGUGGAGCGGCACCUCGGCUACGCAUUCAGUGUGGUCAGCCAUGGCCUGGCGACAAGACGGCCGUCCGUGCUGACCCUUUUGCCACUGCAGGAGGGCAAUGAGGAUGAAGUGAAAGUCACCGAGGAAAUGCUUGAUGGAACCAUGAGCACUGAAGAGGUGUUCGUCGGGAAAGAUGCGCUGACACGUCUGAAUGCGUGGGUGACGGACAGAAACGCAAAAGUUGCCAAGGAGAAACUCUUCAUCACAAUCUGUACUCAAAAAUGUAAGACACCUCGCAGAGUCAUGGAUCUUCCUGGAGUUCGGGCAAGCGAUGAGCCGGACGAAGAGGGCGUCAACGACGCCAUCAUUGCAAUGAUCUCUGACGCGAUGCAGAUGCCGAACUCCAUCGUGGUUUGCCUCGCAGACGCAAACGAUAACAUGGUGAAGCUGUUCCGUGAUCGUGGAACCGGCAUGAGCAGCUUUGCUAGCAGGCUGCUGUUAGUCCUGACAAAAGCCGACAAUUGGUUUACAACCACCGGCAGAGCGGAUGCAGGGGUGCGGAACGACCAGUAUCAAGAAGCAGACCAUCGUGAGAAGCAAGACAUCCUCAAGUUUCGGCAUGAUGUCAUGGGCACCCUACAAGGUGAAGAACGAAAGUACUGGGACGAGAAAGUUGGAUUUAAAAAUGUGCAGUCUCUGGUGCAGCAAAUGUCCCUCAACAUGGACAUGUCCAACUUGCCGCGUAUCAUUGACAAGAUCCAGCAGCGUCAAGACCAGGUCAAGUUGACAUUGAGCGAGACUACGGCUAACCUUGAGAACACCGACCCGGACCUAGUCAAGCAGAAAUGCGGCAAGUUGGUGUCAGCCCUCCUCGCAGACACGACCAAAUUUCUCACUCGAUCUCCUGGCGCAUGCCUUGCGGUGCAUCUCUCCUCCUCUCAUGAGCUCGAGGAGACUGCGAAGACCCUCUUGGAAGAGGAGCAGGAGUUCCUGCAGAUGGCGGGCCACUUCUCGCCGCACUAUAUGAAGGCGGCCUGGAAAGAGCACAACAUGUUAAACAUCGACUAUAGCCGCGCCGACGAACAGACGCCGGAUGAGUUCAUGGACUUCUACAAUGGAGUCCUUGCAGACAGGGACUUUACGAAGCGAGUGAAGCAAAGCGAAGAUCCGCUGCUGGCAGGAGCUGCGAUGAGGCGAACUGUAGAGUUCUUUGAGCUCAUGGCGCUGCAGUACAUGUAUUUUGAUUCAGACGAUGCAGCUCGUGUCAAGAAUGCGGACACGAUGAACCCUGACAUGCCCUUCGUGGAAGACAGUCUUAGCAGGAUCUUCAUCGUGGGAAACAUAAAAGCUGCAAAGAUGCGAGCCGUCACCAUGUAUUUGGUUCAAAAAACUUGUUACCUGAUGACUCAAGGAUUGGCAUGCGCCUUCAGCAAUAUGCAGAAGACAGAGAAGGGUCGAGAUCUCAUUGGUGCCUUGGCGGGGGGCACGAGCGUCGAGCAUGUGUUUGGCGUCAUGCGGAAAGGCUUCAUCAAGCAUCUCUUGGUGCAUGCGCAGCAUGCUUACCUCAGCUCCAUAAGCGACCACAAUCAAUUCAUGCAUCAAGUUGGCUCAUUUUGCCGAAGUGACCGGCAUUUGGGCGGGGAUGCUGCGCCAUGGUUGCUCGAUGCUGUGAGGUCCCAAAUUCAUAAGCUUCUGCCCGGAGCACUUCAGAGCUCCCAUCCAGACUUCGUGUCAGGAAUCCAAGACGGGUUGGAAAGUCUCGGUGGCCUUCCCAUCCGUCAGUCGCUGCCUGUCCUAAUCUGCCUCCUCGGGAUGACUGUCGUGGCAUUUGCAUUCUUCGCACCGCACUUCUCGAAUGCUGUGGUCAUGCGUUGCAUGUCCGGCUUGUUGGGGAGCCUCAACUCAACUUUCUACCGGCACGACUACGAGGAAAGUGUCCUCCAGGAGCUCACGAAGGUCUUCAUCUCCGGCGAUCUCGGCGAGCGGGUGAAGGCGCUUCAGCAGCGCGAAGAUGAGCUGAAGGAGGAAUACGAUGAUCUCUGCCAGGCAGUGGACAAGUUGCAGAGGUGUGCUUUUGCAGCUUCCAAGAUCCAAUUUCGAUCACUCUUGCAAGCCAAUGCCAUGGUGUUGCCACAAGCAGUGUUGCGAUCUGCAAGCCACGGGCCUGUCUUGGUGGAGCUCAAAAAUGGCGACUCGUACAGCGGCACUCUUGUUGCCGUGGAUAACUCAAUGAACAUUCGCAUGGAGGAUGCGAUCUUGACCCCGCAUACCGAGCACAAGUUCGAGCGCAUGAAGGAGUGUACGAUCCGUGGGCAGUUUGUGAAGUUCAUUCGCUUUCCCGAUGACAUCUUGGACCGUGUCCUGGCAACGCAGGAUGCUGCCCUUAGCGGCAGCAGGAAGGGCCGCGGCAAAGAUGGCAGAGGAAAGGCGGACGAAGCCAACAAGAUGCUGAGCGUACCUUCCUCCAUGAUCGGAGCGAUCAUUGGCCGGGGCGGUGAGACCAUCAAAAAGUUCUGCACCGAAAGCGGUGCACGGAUCGAGGUAUCCAAAGAUCAGCUUGAAACCACAGCAGAGAGGGCAAUCUUCCUCUCCGGCUCGAAAGAGAGCGUGGAGAGAGCGGAUGCCAUGAUCCGAGACUUCGUACAAGAGCGGGCUGCCAGCCGCGCCAAAGCUCACAGCCGCUCCGCUACAUCAGCAGCGAGUGGUUUCGUAGCUCUUCGGGACAGUCUCAAGCCCCUGGGCCCCGUUUGCCCUACUUUAGGGAGUUUGAGGGAUGGCCUCGCUUUUCUGUUCGGCCAGAAGCCCGACAUUCUGAACAUGCCGGCUCAGGUGGAAAAGGCCACGGAGCACAGGUCCGGCUCCUUUUCCAGGUUUAGUCUAGGAUUUUUUGGAGCUGCGCUCUGGAGUUCAGGGUGGUAUCUAAUCAUGAUGACAAUAGGAUGUGGGUCUCGACCUGCUGCUCUUGGGCUUGCCUGCCGUGAGAACCGUGAGAACUGUUUGCAUCUGAAUCACGGGCACAUGAAGCCGAAGUGUCACGUCUCUGUGAGCAACAGUCACAGACCAGCCGCGGCCCGCAGGGCGAGCCUCGCCCCAGAGGCCUUGGCAGCUUGA